AUGCAGGACAGCCUGCACGUCGAGGACUUGCCCGACCGCCAGGACAGCUGGUCAGAGCGCUGGGCCCGCAGCAAGGACGGACCUGCGCUGGACGGCAUGGCGAGCAUCGGCCUGCAGCAGGCGAACCUCGGGGCCAUCGGCCUGGCCCAGGCCGACGCCGCCGCGCUGGACAUCACGCAGAUCGACGGGGCGGCGAUCGGGCUGAAGCAGGCGAACCUCAAGGGCCUCGGCAUCAGCCAGCUGGGCGACACCGCCGCGGGGCCGAGCGGGGCGUCGCUAGGCUUCUCGCUGCCUGAGAACCCGUUCGAGGGCUCAGGCGGGCUGCAGCUCGGCUUCCUGGCGAAGAGGCUCAACGAGUUGGCGAAGGGCUGCGAGACGCCGCUCGCGACCAGGGCGCAGGAAAGCCCCGGCGACGAGCAGCCCGAGAAGGUGAUCGAGGAGGCGUGGAGGACGAGGACCGCGAAGUCGAGGACGGCGAUUGCCAGCAAGUACGACCGCUUCAAGAAGGGCAGCGCAGAGGAGCAGGAGAAGUACAAGAAUGCGCAGGGCCACAUCGGCAAGGAGAACUGCAUCCUCGAGUGGGUCGACAAGCAGUGGAACGCCUACCAAGAGCGCAAGUCUAAGAGGAAGACCAACACGGAGGCCCACCUGGAGUGGGGGACCCACGAGCCGUUCGAGGUCAUCGCAGGCAAGGAGUCGGGGGUCGGCAUCACAGAGACGGGGGCGAUGGCGGCACUGAACACCGUCUUGGCGUGCCAGAAGCUGGGGUGCCCCUGGGCGCAGUGGAACAGCUUCACCAAGCGCGCCGAGUACCUCUACUGCAAGUCGGGCUUCAAGAACAAGUUCGAGACGGCGUGGGCGCAGUGCCAGGAGCAGACGGGCGUGCAGGACGACCUGGCGCUCGACUUCCUGAAGGCUCAGACGGGCGCAGCCGCGCAGCAGCAGAGCGAGGCCAAGCAGCAGGCGGCGGACGAGAAGAAAGCCGCCGCCGUUGCCAAGCAGAAGGAGGCGGAGGCGAAGAAAGCAAAGGAGGCGGAGGAGAAGCAAGCAAAGGAGGCGGAGGCGAAGGCGAAGGCAGCGGCCAAGGCCGCUGCAAGGGGCACCAAGCGGACGAGGGGCGACCGCGGCGGCACGGCGACGCCGCCACCUGAGCCAGCUGGUGACGACGCUCCCCACCCGAAGCAGGCCAAGAAGGACGCGAAGAAGAAACUCGACGACUUUCGCACGCUGAUUAGCCUGUACGGGCAGGAGCUCACGUCUGGCAAGAUGAUCUUGCGCAACAUCGGCCCGGUGGCCUCGUGGGAGCCCUUGGCGGACGAGAGGAUGAGCGGGGAUCUCCGCAGGGCAGUCGAGGCGCUGGAGAACACGAGCACCACCAACGCGCUCGUGGCGCAGCUGGCCGAUUUCGACAAGCAGAUCGACCAGAUCUCGUCGAUCCUGAGGCCCAAGGUGGAUAGGCUCAACGCGGAGGUGGACGCCUUGAACCAGAUGCACGCUCUGGUUGUGAAGAAGGCCCAGGGCGGCCAGUAG